AUGCUGCGACUCUAUCGCCUAUUUUCCGGGGUUGCGAAUUUGCAUAGGUUCAACGAAGCGGCGCUGAAUCAGUUGCAGGCAUUACACGACACUCUCGAAACUGUAGAUGACAUCAGUUCCAUCUCGUUUGACGGAACGGUGUUAACCGCUGAAAUUGACCCAAAGCAGUACAUCGUAUUAAACAAACACGAGGCGUCUCAGCAAAUAUGGUACAGUUCAUUUAACGGCGUCGACUAUUUCGAUAUUGAAGACGGCAAAUGGUUAUCACGUCGCACGGGCCGUCAUCUGGACGCUGUUUUGAAGUACGAUGUGCAGCAAGCAACUGGAAAGGCAGUUGAUUUCGCUAAUGCCGAGGAUUAA